UCGAGUCAUAAUGAGCGGUCGCGGUAAAGGAGGCAAAGGACUCGGAAAAGGAGGCGCCAAGCGCCACCGUAAAGUGCUUCGUGAUAACAUCCAGGGCAUCACCAAGCCCGCCAUCCGCCGCCUGGCUCGCCGUGGCGGAGUGAAGCGUAUCUCCGGUUUGAUCUACGAGGAGACUCGCGGUGUUCUCAAGGUCUUCCUGGAGAACGUGAUCCGUGAUGCCGUCACCUACACCGAACACGCCAAGAGGAAGACCGUCACCGCCAUGGACGUGGUCUACGCCCUGAAGAGACAGGGUCGCACCCUGUACGGCUUCGGCGGUUAAGCGCCCAACCACCUGUAACAUCCUUUUAACCCAACGGCUCUUUUAAGAGCCACCCACAACUCCACAGAGUUAUUUCUAUGUCGUU